GGCGGCGGGCAGAGGCAGAGCGCCAGCGAGCGGGAGAAGCUGCGCAUGAGGAACCUGUCCAAGGCUCUCCACACCCUGCGACGCUACCUGCCCCCCUCGGUGGCACCGGCCGGCCAGAGCCUGACCAAGAUCGAGACCCUGCGCCUCGCCAUCCGCUACAUCUCCCACCUGUCGGAGCUGCUGGGGCUCAGCGAGGAGACGCUGGCCCAGAGGAGAGGGGGCCCACGCCGGCACUGCCCCCUCUGCCCCGAGGGGCUGGGUUGCUGCCAGGCCAGGACCCCUGGCCUCCGGGCAGCAUCUCCAGCCCCGUGGGAGGGGUCCCCUCCGGCCGCAGAGUCCUGGGUGUCGUCCACCUGCUGCCCUGCCGCAGGGACACCCCCCGAGCCGCACAGGGCACUCAGCACAGACACAGCCUCUUGGCUUUCGCCCCCUUACUGCCCUGCCACAGGGACACCCCCCGAGCCGCACGGGGCACGAAUCCUGGAUGCGGGGCCGAUGCUGCUGCCAGCUGAGUUUGCAGACAUGGGUCUGUCCUCCCAGGUUCCACCAGCACCAGAGACAAUCCUGUACUGCCGGGUGGGGAGACAGCCCAGCCAGAGGGGAAUCCCGGCUGCAGGCCUACAGCUCACCCCACAGCCCUGCCUCUCGCUCCAAGGGAGCCCCUGGGCCUGCAGCUCCCCCUCCUGCUGA